AUGUUCAGGACUGUGUUACGACACGCACCUUUUCGCUCGGUCUUGGGCCUGAAUUUCCAGCAUGUUCGCGUGCCCGCGCUCAGAUGGCAUCGAUUGCUGGCGACAUCCGUCCCCCCUGCGCGCAAGGUGAUUCGCCGUGCUCCGAACGACUCAUUACUUAGUCAGUCUUAUGCCAUUCCUGACGAGCCGUCCAAAACAUCCCAUCAGGGCCUUCCCUUGCGUCCCUGCAUUGCAGUCACAGCAUGCGAGGAAUUCGAUUUAGAAAAGGUGCGGUCCUCCCUUUCCGAGCACCACAUCGAGUCGGAGGAGAUUGUGCGCAACGAGGCUGUCCAUUAUCAGAUCAAAGACGCUCCCGUCCGCACAGACGUCUUCGUGUUACGCUCGGGAACGGUGGUAUCGUGGGGAAUGCCAGAGCAGGACGUUCUUGACAAAGUCUUGCCCCUCCUGCGGAGCUCCAUGAACACCCUCUAUGAGAUCCAGACUGAAGACCUGGAUUACAUAGAAUACGAGUUAGGACAGGAAAAAGAAGGCCAAACGUCCACGAUAGACCACGAGAUCAUAUGCAUCAAGGGCGAGCCGCGCCAAAAAAUGCUGGACAAAUUAGCGUUUUCGUAUGGUAUAUCGAGAUCGACCAGGCUUGCAGUUUUGGAGUCGUCACUGGAAAAACAUAUUCAGCUGACACGAAACACGACGGAAAAUUUGUCACAGGGAAAACAGCUAGGAAUUGGUGCGCGGGAGGUGCUGCAGUCGUCCGGAAAAUUACUGCUGCUACGCGGAAAAUUGAAUCUGUACUCUGAGCUAGUUGAGACGCCAGACCUGUACUGGACGGAGCCGAACUUGGAAAAAAUAUACAACCACGUCUCAAGAAUCCUGGACGUGAAUACGCGUAUCAGCAUUCUCAACAGAAAACUGGAUUAUUGCUCUGACGAAGCACGGGCUCUGCUCGAGAUCCUUACCACGCGGAAAGGCACGAGGCUGGAAUGGAUUGUGAUUUAUCUUAUUAUGAUUGAAGUCUUGUUUGAAAUGCACCACUUCUACGAACGGUAUGAGGAACAUCAAAAAGAAAAGGAACUGCUUGUAAAUAGUGUAUAA